AAUCAUGAAAUUCGUUGUGAUAUUAUUGGGACUAGUGUGUGCGGUGUAUGCAGAAGAGAAGUACACCACCAAAUAUGAUAACAUCAAUUUGGACGAAAUUUUGAAAAGUGAUAGAUUGUCGAAAAGGUAUCUGGACUGUGUGUUGGACAAAGUUAAGUGCACACCAGACGGAGAAGACUUGAAAAAACAUAUUCCUGAUGCUCUGCAGACCAACUGUUCCAAAUGUUCUGAAAAACAAUUCGCAGCUGUGAAAAAAGUACUGGCCCAUUUGAUCGAAAACAAAAGGGAAUGGUACGACGAACUGGCCGCCAAGUACGAUCCUGAGGGAAACUACAAAAAGAUGUAUUACGAACAAUACAAAAAGGAAGGUCUUAAUCUCUAAAGAAUGCAUUGUUAUUUAUUUUAUUACAAUUAUUUAUGUAUAUUUUUGUGUAAUAUAUUCGAAAUAAGACUA